CUCCGAGUUGUGUUGACGUAACAGUGGUCUGUCCCACCCAUCACCACGUGUGUGUGUGUGGGGGCUUAUUCACGCAGCACCCCACCAAACUCCACAGAGCGCGCACACGGAGAGAUGGAGAGAGACAGAGAGAGACGCCUGCCACAGAGUUCCUCCCCGCAACGGAGAUUCUUCUAAAGUGAAGGGAAGUGCAAGACGGACGGACAAGCAGCAAGACAAGACGAUAGGUAGGCAGAUAGACAGCUCGAACAAGCUGAACGGCGACGAACAGCAUUGUAGAUAGACACACAGGCAGGCAGAACUUGGAAAUUAGCUUAACGGACUUACACACACUACAAGAGUUACGCAGAUAAAGAGAAGGAAGGGAUUACAGCAGCAGAUCAAUAGAAUGAUCGGCAUACAGACAGACAGGCAGAGAGACAAAUACGGAGGAAGGCAGUUACAUGGAAAUGAAAAAGUUAGAAUCCAGUUAUCUAUUGGCCAGGGUCAAGGCCACUCCGAUUAGUACGGUUGGGUACGUACGGUGCGAAAGAAGUUAAACAUACGGUACAUAACACAGAGUAUAAAGUGUCUCGGCAUACAAGCCUUAGAUCUGUGCUGUGUUGAAGCAAGCCUGUGACCUGAAUCAACUGCUGCCAACAACGCUACUGCUGCUCCUGCUGGUGACGACGACGAUGACAACGUGACUGACAACGUUGCCCAAUGCACACGGACAGCAACGCUCACUUGGACAUUCCUCUCAUCCCCAGCACCUUGGCCCGCUCCUCCCUGAGCCACCACCACCACCACCAUGCCUCCUGCAGGCCACGGCCCGGCCUGCCCCCUCCUGCCGCUGCUGCUCCUCCUGUGCCUCACCUGGCCCUCGUUGGCGCCCAGGGGCGCCAUCGCGGACCCGUCGUGUCCCGUCGGCUGCGCGUGUCACCUCGACAGCUUCGGCCGCUUCUCCAGCUACAGCUUGACGCGUGUCGACUGCUCGUCGUCGGGGCUGCGGGACUUCCCCGCCGCGCUGCCUCUGACCACGACGCACCUCUCGCUGGUGGACAACCACCUGGGCCCGACGGUGAACCCGGGCGGACCCGGUUACACGACCCUGCUGGCUCUCAACCUCAGUCACAACGGCGUGAAGCGCCUGCACAAGGGCACCUUCUCCAGGCUGCGCUACCUGGACGCGCUGGAUCUGAGCUACAAUGCGGUGGGGCGGGUGGACGCGGGCGCCUUCGAGAGGGCUCCGUUGUCCACAAUCGACCUGAGCCACAACGCCCUGUCGGACGAGUUCGACCUGAGCGCGUUCGAAGCGGACCUGCCGGUGAUCGGGGUUCAGAGGCUGUCCCUUGACCUGUCCCACAAUCGGAUCAGCGCCCUGAAGCGAAAGGGAGGAGGAGGUGGUGGUGCUCCUGCUGGAACGCUGCGCAUACGAAGUCUCAACCUGGCUGCAAACGCUCUCAUAGAGGCGCCACCACCAGAACUUCUGAGACACCUGGCAGACCUACAAUACCUCAGCCUGGACUCGAACCCCAUAACUCGACUCCGACAGUCAGCCUUUUUUUACCUCAGGGACCUCACACACCUAUCCCUCCGUAACCUCGCUCCGGAUGUACACUUUAACAAAGGAACCUUCCUGGGUCUCGAAGGGACACUGCAAGUCUUGAACCUUUCUGACAACUGCCAGUCAGGAGUCACUCUUUUGGGAGCCGAGCUGGGCGAGCUGAGGUCGCUGUUCGAACUUCAGCUGUCGGUGUCCGACGACCCAUCUCUGGCCCUGCUGCCAGUGACCCUGGGCCUCCCCCUGGCAGGCGCGUGGAAGUGCUGGGAGCCACGGUACCCCAAAGGUCGUGCCGCCACGCACAGAGUGACCGGGGGCUGCGUGAACGUGGCGUGUUACAGAUUCCCUGCGCGCGAGAUGCUCUAGCCGAGCCAUCGUCGUACCUUUCCACGUUCAGCACGGCCGUGCUCUCCCUUCGCAGUGGAAACCGAAGUGGUUACACGAUCUAAGCGUACGCGACUGUUUGGUCACCUGAAUAACCAUGUGCCGCACGGCUCGCCAUCCCGGCCAGGUGCGGUCUCCGUACAUCCCCUUCAUGGCGUCUUCCCGAACAAAUUCGCCGACGUGCCGGCUUGGAACCUGACGUGGCGUCCCCCGUUGCCUUGGUGAAUUCUGAUGAACGUUACGUAUUGCACACGCCAUAUGAUUGAUAAACGUGCCCUGAUUAUUCGUGGAGAGCGCUGGUACGAUUGUAAGAGAUUGGUGAUACUGCUGCGUUGGCAGUGAUGAACAACUGCAAACAACAAACUCAACACAUUUACUACAAUAAUGAGUCAAGAAUGUCUGUGUCCCGCGCGUGACGUCACUCCACGGCGACCAGCCCCCCUCAUUAAUAAUCAUGAGCGGUGACGUAACUACUCAUGGAGAACCCCCCCCCCUCAUUAAUAAUAAUUAGCGGGUGACGUCACUCCACAUGGGGGGGCAAGGCGCCUCCUCCCCCCUCCUCAGAGUCAACUUACAACCCUCACUACAAAGGCAGAACCCUCACGUCACGUGGUCUCCGUAGCGCUGUUGAGACAUCGAAGUAAAAAGGACGUCGUGAUGAACAAGGGAUUAUGACCUUUAAAUGAAAUAAGUCUGUGUCACCGCGGCCUUACAAAUUGCACACGAAUGGAUGCAAUGAAUAUUACGUCGCGGUCUGCUUUUCGCUUGCAAGUUUCAGAUGUACUGCAAACCACCCGUCCUUGGACGGGCAAAAAGCUAUUUUGUCAAUAACAGUGUAUGGCCUUAAAAGGAAACGUACAUAUAAGGAGAUGUUUUGCGCAAUGACCCUUCUAUGAAUUGACUCAUACAAAUAAGCUUCUUUAGUUAUACAUUUUUGAUUAUUGAAGGGUUUGUUUGUUACACGAUAGCUACUAAUAUCAUUAUUCAUAUGCACAAUUUCAAAACUGUUCAUCAGGAAAACAUUUUUACGUUUAAUUCUGAUUGGGCCCCAUGGUGUAAACAUCUCCAUCUAUUGUCCUCAACUUUGUCUCUCUGGCCCAGCGUUCUUCGGUGCAAGGCCCGCACUGGUGGCCCCUGGACGCCUUUAGUGCGGCCCCCGCAACACCCCAAUAGUGAGAACACCACUUGCAGGCAGUGUGGCAGCCCUCACACUGACGUCGUCGGCGAAAGUGGGCCCCCUUUGAAAACGAGUGAAGGACGCCGCUUCUUAGUUUGUGUUGUUAUGAAGAAAGGCCACUGCCUGAAAUGUCACCUAUGAGAUAUUCUUCCUUUUAAGGCUACAGUGUGAGUGAAGAAUGUGUUGAGUGUAUUCUCAUUCCUUACACGGAGCUGCGAGGAGUGAAUGUGCGUGUGGUGAGGUGGAGGAGGCCUACGAUGAAAAGUUGAGUCACGGGGCAGCAGGCGAGUUCAUCAUCCAGGUGGCUCUGCUGGACACAGAAGAAGAGGGCUGACAUCUUAGUUUUACUUGCAAGGGGAAGAGACGAAUCACAUGCCCUCACGUGUCAAGGUACAACACGACGUUUAGACUCUCCCUCGUACGAGAUAAAGAGAUCGGUUGCUGUGAUGUCGUUGUAAAAAUGAGGGCACUGUUAAAAAUCUAUUCUAGGUUUUCGCUCUCGAUAACGUAGCGAGAACCCCAAUCAAUGUUGGACUGCGCAGAACACGCAAGCUCGGUGCCGCAGCUUUCAAGUUAAGAUCUGUUUGGUUUUUGGAAUGCGUUGGAAUUUUAACCAGCCGGUAACACGAUUGUUAAAUGACGGUUGGUAAACGCUGUGAUGAUGGUGAGGAUUUGUGUUCAUGUUGGGAAGUGUUCAUGUUGGUAAACGCUGUGAUGAUGAUGAUUUGUGUUCAUGUUGGUAAGUGCUUUUUAGACUUUUGUAUUUCACCCUUGUUUGGAAUCUUUGUGCCGUAGUUGUGCCAAUGUGUAGAUUCAAAUGUUCGCUAAGAAUUGUUGGAAUACAAAGCUCUGUUACUGGUCAAUUCGUGGGCGUAUGCAAAUAAGGUGAAUAGCACAUA